AAUUGCCUUGAAAUGGAACGGUACCUGAAAAACGAGCCCAAGUUAACAUCAUUCAAGAAGCUGGCCAAAGACAGUGACGAUGGGAAACAGCACAGUAACAAUGACAAUUCAGUGGACAUCAACAACAGUACCUACAUCGAAAGUUCUCUCACAGAUUUAGCAAACAGCUUUGCUGGAGGGACAGAUCUCAGGCGUCUGCUCGAUGAUGAGAAUUCAUGUUCGUCUUUAGGCGUUGUUGGUGGUGCAGAACUAACCGAUUCAGAAGUUCCCGAUUCUGAAAUUGACCCGGAUGAACUACAGGACAUUUGUGAUGAAGAUGACUGCGAUGAUGAGAGUGACGCUGAAGAGGAAGGAGAGAGUUAUGAAAAGUUAGAAGCUUUGGCUAAAUUGAAUAUCAGUGAUAGACUUUCGGACACACUGAGUCUCAGCAGCUUCAGCUCAUCAUCUAGCGGAGUUUCAUGGGAUAGCAGCAACAGUGAUCCUCCUUUGUCCCCAACGAAGCUCAAAUCUAACGAUCCUUUUGCUCUUAAGCUAGUGGCUCAGCCAGGACGGACAGAAACUGUCGCUAUUCGCCCAUUUUCCGCCGAUAUUUCCCAUAACCACCAAAGACUAAUUCAAGCAGCGAAGCUGCGUUCUUUGCAUUGUCAGCAACAGUCACUCCACCACAGUAUCCAAAUUCCAUGUGGUCACCCUAAUGCCUUGGUUCAAGGAACGAACUCUGUAUAUGUAGCCCAACGACCUCCCCAAGUUCCAGCGGGUCAGAGGGCAAAGGUCGAGGUCAGCCCAGACAGUCGAAGGCGCAUACACAAAUGUUUAUACAGUGGUUGUAAGAAGAUCUAUACUAAAAGUUCACACCUGAAAGCUCAUUUACGCACACACACAGGUGAGAAACCUUACAAGUGCACCUGGGAAGGCUGUGAGUGGCGGUUCGCCAGGUCUGAUGAGCUCACCCGUCACUACAGAAAACAUACCGGUGCCAAACCCUUUCAAUGUCGCUUCUGCACAAAAUGCUUCUCGCGAAGUGACCAUCUGGCCCUCCACAUGAAGCGACAUUCCAGCAUGGACUUGUAG